AUGUCUAUGGGCGCUCCCAAGGAGGAGAUGGCGCCUCCGCCCGACAAGUGCGGCUCCUCUGACGAUGGCGGCCCGGCCGAAUCCCCCGCGGCAGAUCUCGAUGCUCUGUACUCGAUAUACACGCCGCGACAGAAGCACUUUAUUGUCUUCAUGUCCGGGCUGGGCGGCUUCUUCUCGCCCCUGUCAGCAAAUACGUACCUCCCCAGCAUCCCGAGUCUGGCCAGCUCGCUCGACGUGUCGCCGUCGUUGAUGAACCUGACGGUGACUGCCUUUCUGAUUUUCCAGGGCCUCGCGCCGUCCUUUUACGGCGACCUCGCCGACAUUGCAGGCCGCCGGCCGGCGUAUCUGAUUUCCUUCAUCAUCUACAUCGCGGCAAAUAUCGGCUUGGCCACCCAGUCCUCGUACCCGGCCUUGUUUAUCCUGAGAUGUCUCCAGAGCUCGGGCUCCGGCGGCACAUAUGCGCUCAACAGCGGCGUCAUCGCCGACAUAUCUACCACGGCCGAGCGCGGCAAGUACAUGGGCGCUGCGCAAAGUGGAAUCAUGCUCGGACCAGCAGUCGGGCCCAUUCUAGGAGGCGUGCUUGCUCAAUAUCUCGGCUGGAGAUCAAUAUUUUGGUUCCUUACCAUCUGCGGCGGCGUGUAUCUGGUCGUCUUUGCCGUUGCCGUUCCCGAAACCGCCAGAAAGGUAGUUGGCAACGGCUCCAUCCCGCCGACCGCGUGGUGGAGUCGCUCGCUACUCAACGAGUUUGCUCGUCGAAGGGCAGCGCGGGCUACCGGCGGAGCGGCACCCUCGAAGCAGCAGCCAAGGCGUAGCUUCCGAUUUCCAAAUCCGCUCAAAGCGCUGCUGAUUAUUGGGGAGAAGGAUUGCGCCGUCAUUCUCCUCUACAACGCCAUCAUCUAUGCGUCCUGGUACACAGUUACAGCCAACUUGUCCAACCUGUUGUCGGAGCUGUACCACAUCAACACCCUGCAGAUAGGACUGUGCUACAUCCCCUUUGGAGUCGGAGCGGCGCUCUCCAUCGUUGCCAACGGACAUAUCCAGGACUGGAACUAUGCGCGGGUCGCUCGCGCCAACGGGUUUCAGGUCGACAAGAAGCGUGGCGAUGACUUGAGAAAGUUCCCCAUCGAGAAGGCCCGGAUCAACAUUGUCUGGCCGCUCAUCUACGUGGGCGCGGCAGCGACCAUUGGCUUCGGCUGGGCCGCUGAUAAGCAGGCGCACAUGGCCGUUAUGCUGGUCCUCACCUUUGUCAUGGCCUUGUUCCUGACUGCCUGCUAUAAUAGCAUGAACCUGCUCCUUGUUGACCUAUACCCCAAUUCGCCUUCGACGGCCUCGGCUGCCAACAACUUAACGAGAUGUCUGAUGGCGGCGGGGGGGUCCGCCGUGAUAGAGCCCAUGAUCCGCGCCAUGGGAACCGGAUGGGCGUAUACGCUUGUAGGACUAGUCAUGAUUGUGCUGAGCCCAAUGCUUUUCGCCGUGACCAGAUAUGGACCGAAAUGGAGGGAAGAGCGAAGAGUCCGCUUCGCAGAAAAGGAAGCAGGGCGAGUGUAG